AUGGAUACAUCGGCUCUAGGACCCAGGUGUGGCAGCCCCCAAACACCGGUUGAUGAGGAUGGUCCAGUCGGCAUUACACAUCUAAUUACCCGACAAAGAGUGGCUGUUCGCUCCGGUUCACCCAGUCACCGUGGCAAGAAGACCCGUCGCUUGUCUCACCGGGCGACAACCAUGAGCCAGAGGUUCACCGUCUCCAAGAGCGACGGCAACCGGCGCCCCUCAGACAUCCAGGGGGAGGUGAACCAGCUGUUUGAGGGAGACGAGCCCCAGACCUGCUGCGGCGCGGAGGGGGAGGAUGCUGCCGGUACCGAGGUGGUGGUGGUGCUGAAAGAUUGCAGGUGUGGUAUCCCUAGAUGUAUACAGGGUGGGGGAAAUAAUAACAUAACCCUUCUACUUCAGAUCUACAUAAUGCCCCAGGCGGCCAUCUUUCCCCUGGAGGGCCUGGAGGGUGCCGAGGCAGAGGCCGCUCUGCUGAACAACAUGCGCGUGUACGGCACCAUCCUGCUGACCUCCAUGGCCACGGUGGUGUUUGUCGGCGUGAAGUACGUCAACAAGCUGGCCCUGGUGUUUCUGGCCUGCGUCAUUCUCUCCAUCCUGGCCGUCUACGCCGGGGUCAUCAAGACGGGCAUCGAUCCUCCCGAAUUCCCUGUGUGUCUCUUGGGGAACCGCACUUUGGUGUCGAAGUCCUUCGAUGUGUGUUCUAAGACCAUUGAGACGGCUAACGGGACAGUCACCACCCAGCUGUGGCGCAUGUUCUGUGACUCACCUUUCCUCAACGCUACCUGUGACAAGUUCUUCGUAGCCAACAAUGUGUCUCAGAUCCAGGGCAUCCCGGGGGUCACCAGUGGAAUCCUGGCAGAGAACAUGUUUGGGACCUACUAUGAGAAGGGGGAUCUGAUUGCCAGAAAAAACAUGGAGUCAGUAGUAGACCAGGACGACCCUCUGACCAACGCAAACCGCUACGUGUUGGCCGACAUCAGCAGCUUCUUCACUUUGCUGGUCGGCAUCUACUUCCCCUCUGUGACAGGGAUCAUGGCCGGCUCCAACCGCUCUGGAGAUCUGCGUGACGCCCAGAAGUCAAUCCCCAUUGGAACCAUUGCAGCCAUCACCACCACCUCCUUCGUCUACAUGUCCAGUGUGAUUCUGUUCGGCGCCUGCAUCGAGGGUGUCGUCCUCAGGGACAAGUUUGGAGAGGGAGUCCACGGGAAUUUGGUGAUUGGCACGUUGGCUUGGCCGUCACCGUGGGUGAUCGUGAUUGGCUCCUUCUUCUCCACCUGCGGGGCGGGGCUGCAGAGUCUGACGGGAGCUCCUCGUCUCAUGCAGGCCAUCGCCAAGGACGGCAUCGUGCCCGCCCUUCGAAUCUUUGGCCAUGCAAAGGCCAACGGAGAACCCACAUGGUCCCUCCUGCUGACAGCUUGCAUCUGCGAGAGCGGCAUCCUCAUCGCCUCCCUGGAUGCAGUGGCUCCCAUCCUCUCCAUGUUUUUCCUGAUGUGCUACAUGUUCGUGAACUUGGCCUGUGCUCUGCAGACGUUGCUGAGGACUCCAAACUGGAGACCGCGCUUCAAGUUCUACCACUGGGCUCUGUCCUUCCUCGGGAUGAGCUUGUGUCUCACUCUCAUGUUCAUCUGCUCCUGGUACUACGCCAUCAUCGCCAUGGCAAUUGCUGGCUCUAUCUACAAGUAUAUCGAGUUUGCAGGAGCGGAGAAAGAGUGGGGCGAUGGGAUACGAGGUCUGUCUCUGAGCGCCGCGCGUUACGCUCUCAUGCGGCUGGAGGAAGGUCCACCGCACACCAAGAACUGGAGGCCACAGUUGCUGACGCUGGUCAGUACAGACUCGGAGCAGAACGUGGAGCAGCCUCGUCUGCUCUCUCUGACCAACCAGCUGAAGGCAGGCAAAGGUCUGACCAUUGUUGGAACGGCUCUAGUGGGAACCUACCUGGAGAACCACGAGCAGACCCAGCGUGCAGAGCAGGCGCUGCGUAAACUGAUGGAGACUGAGAAGGUGAAGGGCUUCUGUCAAGUGACCGUGUCCUCUAACCUGCGCGAUGCCACGUCCCACCUCCUCCAGGCCAGUGGGCUAGGAGGCCUGAAACAUAACGCUCUGCUGGUAUCCUGGCCACGCAACUGGAGGCAGGGAGACGAGCACCAGACCUGGAGGAACUUUGUUGAGUUGGUCAGAGAAACCACCGCCGCUCACCUGGCCAUGCUCGUCCCGAAGAACAUCGCGGCCUUCCCGUCCAACGGAGAGCGCUUCACUGAGGGUCACAUUGAUGUUUGGUGGAUCGUCCAUGACGGAGGCAUGCUGAUGCUGCUGCCCUUCCUUCUCAAACAGCACAAGGUUUGGAGGAAGUGCAAGAUACGCAUCUUCACCGUGGCCCAGUUGGACGACAACAGCAUCCAGAUGAAAAAAGACCUGACCACCUUCCUCUAUCAUCUCCGUAUCGAAGCCCUGGUGGAAGUUGUAGAAAUGCACGACAGCGACAUCUCAGCCUACACUUACGAGAAGACCCUGGUGAUGGAACAACGCUCGCAGAUGCUUAAACAGAUCAACCUGUCCAAGAACGAGCGUGAGAGAGAGAUCCAGAGUAUCACUGAUUCAUCCCGCGGGUCAAUCCGCCGCAAGAACCCGGCCGCUGUGACCACCCAGCUGAGUGUGACCGAGGACCCGCCAGCAGCCAGCAAGGAGGAGAAGCCCGAGGAAGAGUCAAAGUCGGCCUCUUCCCCUGUGUCCCCCCCUGCCCAGGUUCAGCUAAUCCACGACAACACCACCCCAACCAGCCCAGCGACCCCUGCCACCCCGCUGACCCCCUCAGAGGGGGCUAAGAGCCCCGGGGAACAGGUCCAGAUGACCUGGACUGAGAAGUUAGACGGCGAGCCAGACAAGCCGCCUGGUGCAGCCACGCCAGAGGGCAUCAAAGACAUCUUCAACAUGAAGCCCGAGUGGGAGAACCUGAACCAGUCCAAUGUGCGACGUAUGCACACAGCGCUGCGGCUGAAUGAAGUCAUCAUCAAAAAGUCCUCAGAGGCCAAGCUCGUCCUCCUCAACAUGCCCGGGCCUCCGAAGAACCGGACAGGUGACGAGAACUACAUGGAGUUCCUCGAGGUCCUCACUGACGGUCUCAACCGGGUCCUCCUGGUCCGCGGAGGCGGCCGCGAGGUUAUCACCAUCUACUCCUGAAAGAGCAGCCCCCUCCCCCACUACCACCCUCCCCCACCCCUCCCUCAGCCCUGUUCCUGUGUCACCUUUACUCCCACUCUCUCAUCAACGCUGCUUCGUCAUUAUGUCGCUCUCACCGUUUGUUUCUGUGAGAUCGUCCUCUCGCACCAAGCAGCUCAGCUUCAGCACCGCUCCCUCCCCAGCAGACCGAUGAGCUCAACUACUAAACCUUCAUUCUAAUCCAGCAAGCUACUAAAACUAUUGUCCGCUGUAGACUCAUUUAGAUGCUAUCUAGAUUUGUUCUUAAAGAUACUUUUUUUCUUCGCUAGUCUGUGAUCUACUGUAGUCGCUCGCAUUGAGUCGCAGUAACUCGGUAAGGAGGAGGGGGUGGUGUUGGGUGUGGGUUGUUCGCUGAGGUGAGAGCGCAUAUGCAUGUGUGUGUGUGUGUGUGUGUGUCCGUCUUUGUUUCAAAUCUCUGCAGAUUCUUAUUGUUGUUGUUUUGUUUUUUCAAAUACAAGUGUGGCAUAGCAGCGGCUUCUGCUCGUAAAGAAGGAGAGCCGGCUGACAUGAGCUCAGUGUAGGGUUGUCUGUUGAGUUCCCUUCGUGGUGAUCGGACACCUCCCACAGCGCACCAGCCUGUUGUCUUCGAUGUGAUUUAUCUUUCAAGGCAAAAAGACACUGCUACCCACGGUCAGGACCACCAGCUGGAAGGAGAAAGGAGUCGUUAAGUAUGAACUGUGAAAUUCACAUUGGUAUUCGAAGAAGAGUGAAAAGGCACGUGGAUCAAACCUGCAGCAUUAUCUUUAACCUGAACACUCCUUUAGCAUGGCGUCCUUAUAACUGUGUGUUUUUACUCCACGUGUUCCGUGACCCGCCAUCACCGUCCUUCUACCCCGUCAACCCAUUUCUUAGUGGCUGUUCAUCCCCGUGGCCACUGUUAGUGCCAAAAAAAAAAAAAGAAAUACAACAAGGCUAGCUUAGUUUGUAGAGAUUGACACGUAAUUAAAACUGUGAAAAGUGCGUUUCCUACCAGAAGGCUGGUGUAACAGCGGAGUGGGGAGACAGUACAAACACCCCGAGGAGAUGAUCAUUGCCAGCACCCCUCGACCCUCGUGUGGAUCACUGUAAAUAAUGUACAAGCUCUGACGCGUUGUUCAGUAUGAGUGUAGUAUUUUUGUGACAUACUAAAAAGCUUCUAGUGGAGAGAAAACGUUCCUUCGCUGAGAGGGACAGCUCAAAACCUGCUGUUUUUAAAAUUUAUUUAUCUAUUUAUUUAUUUAUUGGAUGGCAUAGGCUCCUGUCACUAUGGUAACCGUCAUUGUAACCUCGACGAGCACUGCACCUGCACUGUCCGCCACUGUGCAACACGUGACGUUUUGAUGAAUUCAUCAAAUUCAUCAAAAUGGAGAAAAAAAACAAAACACUAAAUGUUAUUUUUUCAUCUAGAGAACAAAUAUGUAUUUAUGUUUAUAGACAAAAGUUACACGUAUCGAUGAAAUAGUUGUACGUCAUUUUGUCACUCAAAGAUAUAUUGUUGUUUUUGCCUAAUUUAGAAGCAUUAAAUGUGCCAUAUCAAAGUAUUUUUCAAAGAGAAAUAUUGAACAAAACGUAUAUGAUUGAAUUAGAGAGAACAAAGUGUGCUAACAAAAGGAAACCUGAGGCGUCUACAUGGAAUAGUGCGAUAACGUUACUGUAGAUGGAAAGUCGCCCUGUAGAUGAUAAGAUAAUAGAUAUUCAGACGCUCAGAUUUGAAGUAGAUCAGCUCUUACCGAGGUGAGAUUUUGGACAUCUAUUGAUUGUUUACGGGGUAAAGUCUAAAUAAAUAGAGAGGACGAUGGCUUCUGUAGCUAGGAAACUCAUGUUGUCCACGAGACUGAACUCUAUGCAGUAGACUCUCCGCUGAGAUUUUAUAUCCUCUAGAUUGGUGAAGAUUUGAGCCAACACAUGUCCACGACUGAAUGACUUGUGAGCAAAUCUUAUUUAGGUUCAAAAAAAGUGCAUCUUGGAAGGAAUGUGCAAUAGUUGAAAUCCGGACUCAUGUGAUCAUGUUAUUUAUUUUUUUACACACAUAUUUUGUAUAUGUAGAUUUCGUAAGUCUUCAACAAACAACAGAAAGAUCCAGAUCCAUCUCACUCCGACCAAGAACAGCUGUCACGUUACUUUAUCUCCCUUUCUUUUCUCCAAGGAACUGUUUUUGGUCAUUUGCACUUGUAGUAGAAAUAUGAAUAUAAAUAAAUACAGUAUAUAUAUACAGUAUAUACAAUAUAAGGAAGCAAAACAAAUUAGUUUAUAGAACUAUUUACAAACAGUAUUAAAUGUUUUUAGUGUUGCUUGAAUGUCGGACCAUAUGUUGUGAAUGCUGCUAGUGUCAAUAGAUUUAUUUGUACUGUAAAUAGAGAUGACUAAAGAUCAAGUGAAAAAGGGUAUAGACAUACAUAUCAGUGGUGGUGGUUGUUUAACAAGACGAGGCUUUACCUGUAAACAUUUGGCCUGAGAUCUGUGGACAGGGUUAGCUUUCUGUUUUAAUAGGAAACUGUACUGAAUACCUUGAUGCAAUAUUACAACUGAGGGCGAAUCCUCCACCCUUUUACUCUCUUUUUCUUUUCUUUUAAAGACAAACGCUCUCUCGAUUAUUACCAUCUUUAAUCCCUUAAAUAAAGUGAAGCAAUUUUAACGUAAACAGAUGAUUCAUUUACUUAAAUGAGUUUACAGGAAUCACCAAAAUAUAUUUAAAUAUGAAUAUCUAUCUAGCUAAACGUUAACCGUUUGCUCAUUUAUAACACACCUACCUUUGACACCUGUGAAACUUAAGAAGCAGCCACUCCUAGUUUUCAAAGAUUUUAGGGUGCCAAGUCGUGAAGAUUUUCUUUAAUAUGCUUGCCACACUUUACUCUGACAAAGGGAGUUGUUUAACGCUCAUCAGUUUUUGAAGAACGCGGCUAUUUUGGGAUUGUCUCCACAACAUUGCCUGCAUCAACUGAGCCUUUUAAAUUUAUUCAAAAGAAAAGAUAUCUGAUGUUUAUUGCAGAAGUUUAUUGGAAAAUGAAUUUAUUUAUUGAAUUAUAAAUGUUUUAUAAUUGCUGUUUGCAUGGUACUAUGUGGCAAUAUUUGUUUUAGUGGUUUCUAUAGUGAUGACUUACAUGUUCGAGGUGCGAGAGUGGGGUCAAAGGUUGUCCAAUGUUCUCGUUGAGUUACAGAUUUAUGAGAACUCCAAGUGUUCGCCGCUCAUCCGGCGACAUCGCUCGACCUUGAAAACAAGUCUUUUGCAAAAAAUAAGAAAAGUAUGAGUUCACUAUAUUGUUACUUGUUAUAUUUCAAUCUUGCUCAAAUAGGCUUAUGUAACGUAAUAGGAGAUUUUGAGUUAGCGAAUGGAUGGGCCUUAGGUCAUUUCACCUUUGUAAAUAUAUAUCACUAAAGUCAGAGACACUGUAACCUACUGGUGUUGUCUUUCGUUGUACACUGUUCUAUCACUGUGGACAAAGUCUUAGAGUUUUGUAUGAUUAUGUGCAAUAUUGUUCUCACAUUGGUUUUCAUAUUGUCACAGUUCUGUUGUUUAUUUUCUAUAAAACAACUGGAGGUGUCACUUGUUUCAUCAGAAUGUUUGUCACCAGGUCUUACAGACGAUAACGAUCAACAGUGUUCAUCCCAGAUGUGGCUGAGACAGCAAAGCACUUUACACUGAGUGGGGGGGGGGGGGGGGUCGACCAAGAGCCCAGCCCGCUCUGCACCGACUCUGCCCCCACAGUGAUCUCUGGUGGCACACGAGUGUAUUACAGCCAGCCGUCGAGGUCUGACAGCUCAGACUAUAAAAUAUGAUUCAUUCCCAUCAUCUUGCAGCAGUUUUGAACUGCAAUAAUCCAGAAACUACCUGCUGAUUUUGUUUACAUCUUAUCGUGUCAGCAUUUUUCUUCGACAUUUUUAGCAUGCAUCACAUUCUUUCAUUUCUCUUGCCAAACUUCUUAAAAAAAAGAAUAAUAGUAACUGUUCAAUUUAUAGUGCUUGUCACUCAAUCUGUGAGGUGAGCCUUCCCAGAAUCCCACCCCCACCUCCCCUCUCCUCCUCACCCCAUCUGCCCCAAAAUCCCCGGCCUCCCCCAUCCCAGCCACUAAAUCCACCCCAGCUCUGUAUUUUAAAUGUGAUUGCAGUAUAAUUCUGAAAAAUGAUCAAAGAAUAUAAAACUCGCGCUUCCAAUUCUGGCACUGGCUCUGCUUGGACGACACGAGAUAGUCGACUCAGGAAACCAGCACGUCCCCUCCCCCCACAGCUGAUCCACGAUUGAGAUCAGAUCCUUCGCCUGCACAACUGUAGCAUGAGACAAACUUGCCGGUGAUCAUUACUCAGUCUCCAUCCUUAAAUGGAUAUUAAGGGCUCUGAAACACAUCUGUUACCGGGUUGAGGAGGCUGUCCUGUUCAGACACCAACAGAGAAAAUACAAAAACAAAGUCCCAGAUUUUGGCAGAGGGCACACGCAGUCUGUAGCUGAGAUGAGAUCGUAUCUUCACAGAAGCAUCAGACUGACGUGCCUGAUUACAUUUCACACGGUCGACCUCUCUGGGAGUUAAAGAGAAGAACUCGAGUGACUAUCGACGCGCUGCAAGCAGAGCCAGGUCCCAGUCAUGUUGUGUAACUCAGUGCAUGCAUGCAAUUAUCCUGAACAAGGUGUAUUGAAAAUAUAUUGGGUGUUUGUGGUAUAAAGGUAUUUUGUUUAUAUCAGUUAGGAACUUUUUUUUCUAGUAGUAUGAUUUUUAAUUUUCUUUCCUUAGGACAGGCCAAUCAUUGUAUCCAAGAUGAAUAUUAUUAUUAUUAUUAUUAUUAUUAUAGUACAAGAUUCUAUUUUUUAUGGUGGAUUUGUUGACAAGGUCUUCUCAUUGUGUCAAAUAUUAUCUGAAGAUAAACUGAUUACCAAAGUAUAUUUCAGUUAACUACAUAAAUGGUGUGCAAAUGUGUGCUCCAGUGAAUUAGACGCAGACAAGUAAAUACUGUUUAUCAUUUUCAGUUAUUAGAUCGAUCAUAUGGUAAAACUCAAAGUGCCAAAGUAGUAAGAUUCCUGCAAAUCAGCAAUUUAAUGGAAAAGGCAGCUUGUUAUUUACCCACUUUAUUAAUUAACUUUAUAAAGUAUCUAGAAAAGUUAUAUUGAACUGCCAGAAAUGACAGAAUGUUAAUCUCAUUUAACUCUUGAGAAUUUCCCUUCAACCCUUUAUGGCCUUUGAAAAGUAUAUAAAUAUAAAUAUAUAAUAUAGCAUUUAAUAACCAGUACCUCUCUGCAGAGGAAUCUUGUCACUGUCCAGGUUUAUUUUUAAUUCACUGGAGUUGUGGGAAACAUUUUGUAUGGAUGCUUGACUAAUGGAUGUAGAUAUAGACGAUAUACACACAAAGACACUUGUAUCAAAUUUCAGUAGUAUGAAAAAGUUUAGUGUUUUCCCCCCCCCCCCCCAUUCAGAACCGUUCAUUACUCUUCCUCGAUACUGUACCUGGUCUUAUGGUAAAGCCGUAGUGUGUUCCUUUCAGUUCUGUGGGAGUGUGUAUGUGUGUACAUGUGCACUUGUAACUGCUGGGGGCGGGGGUGGGAGGGGGCUACGUGUAAAUAAAUCAAAUACAGUUAGUGUGGAGGUGUUUUUUUUGUGUCAGUGUAAGGUAACUAUUCUAAAAUUUAAAACAAAAAAAGACAUGUAUUCUUCUCUAUUGUGUUUCAUGGUACAUAAAAAAAAAGAAAAAAGUAGUUUUAUCUUACAUUUCAAAUGCUUAUAUCUCUAUGGCUUC